CGAUUCCGGGCAGGCAGUAUGGGCUUAUUUUGCCAAAGAAAGCACAGCAGUUGCACCCUGUUUUGCAAAAACCAUCAGUGUUUGGGAAUGAUUCUGAUGAUGAUGAUGAGUGAACUCCUGAAAGUGGCAUUACUGGUUCAAAAGAAAUGGAUAUUUUUUCAGGCUUUUAAUGCAUUUUGCCAAACUGGAACCAUUUCACACGUUCACAGUGUAGGAGUGUAUAUUUACUCAUUACUUUGCCAUUAUUGGAAGAUACAACUUCAAAAAUCUGAAUUUGAUGAUAAAAGUAUUUUCCUUUUCAUCUCCUUAGUUACUGACCUCCGUGAGUGAAAGCCUUCAGAGGGAAGCUGCUAAGAAGCAAGCAAUGAAACAGACCAAACUAGAAAUCCAGAAGGCCCUUGCAGAAGAUUCCACUGUAUAUGAAUAUGACAGUAUUUAUGAUGAAAUGCAGAAAAAAAAGGAGGAAAAUAAUCCCAAAUUGCUUUUGGGAAAAGACCGAAAGCCGAAGUAUAUUCACAACCUACUAAAAGCAGUUGAGAUCAGAAAAAAGGAACAGGAAAAGAGAAUGGAAAAAAAAAUACAGAGAGAAAGAGAAAUGGAGAAGGGAGAAUUUGAUGAUAAGGAGGCAUUUGUGACAUCUGCCUAUAAGAAAAAACUGCAAGAGAGAGCUGAAGAGGAAGAAAGAGAAAAGAGGGCUGCUGCACUCGAAGCACGUUUGGACGUAACCAAGCAGAAAGAUCUCAGUGGAUUUUAUAGACACCUAUUAAAUCAAGCAGUUGGUGAAGAGGAAGUACCUACAUGCAGCUUUCGUGAAGCCAGGUCUGGGAUAAAGGAAGAGAAAUCAAGGGGUUAUUCUGAUGAAGUAAGUUCAGAGAACAGAAUACCACGUGAGAAAUGCAGUCUCCAAACUGUUGUGCAAGCAGAGGAAAACCCAGAUGCAGACAGUGACUUUUAUGCUCAUAGUGAGGAUGAUGAAAUGGAAGAAAAUAAUAAAGUGAACUGCAGAAGGAAAAAGGUCACAGAGACCUCCGAGAGUGACUCCAAGCAUCAGAGAAAUCAAGCGCACUCACGGUCUUCUAGUGAAGAAAGAGAGCAUGGUACUAAAUGCCACACAAAAAGGUCCAAGUCAGGAGUUCAGGAGAAAAGGGAAGAUCAGCACCAAGAGAGACAAUCCAAGGAUCAUGAGAACUAUUACACUGACCAUGGUUCCCGAAAAGAAAGGAAGGAUUCUCAGAGGCACAGAGAGGUCAGUCACAGAGCUUCUCACUGGAAGAGGCAUGAACACGAAGAUAAACUGAGGGGAAGAGACCAAAGAGAAAGAAAUGACAGAGAUUGGAAAAGGGAGAAAUACUCCCCAAGAGAACAAGAAAGAGAUAGACCACAGAAUGAUCAUGACCGACACAGUGAGAAAGGAGGAGAGAAGGAAGAGAAAAGCAAAGAAAAGGAAGAGCGUAUGAAAGCAAGGAAAGAAAGAAAUGAAAACGGUGGUAAGUACAGAGAUCGAGAACGAGAAAUAAGUGUUCAGUCUUCGGAAAGAAGCCGAGACAAAAAAGAAAGCAGCCCAAAUUCUAGGGCAAAGGAUAGGUUUCUUGACCGGGAAAGAUCCAAUAAAAUGAGAAAUAUGGAAAAGGACAAAGAAAGAAACCCAGAAAAACCCUCCAGUUCUGAAACAUCCCUGGGAGCAAAACACAUACUCACAGAGGGAGGCCAAGAGAUGGGCAGAGAACAAGAGAGACCACGUGAGGUGGGGAACAAGUUCGCAAAGCGAAGCAAUGAAGAGACUGUAAUGUCGGCUAGAGACAGGUACCUGGCCAGGCAAAUGGCACGGGUUAAUGCAAAGACAUAUAUUGAGAAAGAAGACGAUUGAUAACUGCCCAAAUAGAAAGACCUGUGGAAGCACAAAAGUUGUAACUCCUUGACCAUGCUGUGUGAAGGCACAAAGGAGUGUGUUAACAGUGGUUGGUAGGGUAUUUUUUAAUAUAUUUUCAGAAUUCAUUUUUGGUUUAAGUAAAAAAUAAGUCCUUUUUUCUUGAAUGUUGAGUGAAUUGAUAUGUAUAUUAACAAUACCACAUUCUUGGUUGUAUUCAGGCAACUUAAAGAAUGUUAAGUCCCUAUAGUUACUUAAUGAGGAAAAUGGGCUCCACCGUAGCCAUUAAAAAAUAAUUCAAACAACUCCCCUAAUAAUGUUGGUUUUGUUGCAGGGAGGUGUUAGGUUUAUAAAUACUGUAUUCUAGAUAAAAAUAUGGAUUUGAGGGGCUCCUGGGUGGCUUAGUCAUUAAGCGUCUGCCUUCGGCUCAGGUCAUGAUCCCAGGGUCGUGGGAUCGAGCCCCUCAUCGGGCUCCCUGCUCCUCGGGAAGCCUGCUUCUCUCUCUCCCACUCCCCCUGCUUGUGGUCCCUCUCCCACUGUCUCUCUCUGUCAAAUAAAUAAAUAAAAUCUUUAAAAAAAAUUUUUUAAGUGGAUUUGAACAAUAGAGACUAUUGUUAUACCUCACAUUCUGAAAUUUGUGUUAAUGUAUAAUGGAUCAUCUUGUGUAAGUAACUUUCUAGCUCACAGCACAUUUGGCUUAAAUGCAAAUAAAAAUAGUGAUGUGUUUGUACAUUUAAUUCAUGCUUAUAUUUUAUUUUAAAAGUAUGUCACUCAUUUAUGCCACAAUUCCUCUUUUAUUUUUUAAUUUUAAAAAUCACUUUAAUUCUGAUCCCCUGUCAAGUUAGUAAAUUGGUUAUGUUAUUUCAGUCAGUUUUAGGUAAAGGUAAAAAGAUGGAGACAUUUAGUCAAAAUGAAGUUAGCUAAAGAUUCAGGUAGCCUAUUUAAGAGCCUGUCUUAUUUUAUAUACUUAAGAAACUUAACAUUUGGGGGCACCUGCGUGGGUCAGUUGGUUAAAUGUCUAACUUGAUUUCA